AAAUGGCAAGUUUGACCAAGGCGUUGGUUGUUAUCGUUAUAUUUUCGUUCGUUCAAAUUAGCGGAAAGAGCGUUACUUCAGUUAUUACUCUCUCUCUCAAAUUGAGAAGAGAGAAAAGGAAGAAAAAAAAAAAAGCAGAGAUCAAAAUCAAUAAUGGAGAAAGAAGCAGAGAAUGCAGAUCAAGAGCAUCCAAUGGAACCAGACAAAGAGAAAGAGAAAGAUCAUGGAGAGGAAGAUACAGAAAGCGAUAAUGAAGAGAGAGAUGAAGAAGAGAGAGAGUCUCAGAGACUGAGAGAUAAAAAGAUGGAAAGGAGACUCAGAGCCAAGGAGAGGAGAGAGAAGAGGCGCCAAGUCAUCUCUCUCCUCCGCACUAUUCCUUAUUCCGAUCAUCAGAGGUGGUGGUCGGCAGAUACCAUUGCCAUGGUGACUGGAGCAAACAGAGGGAUUGGGUUUGAGAUUGCACACCAACUUGCAUUGCAUGGCUUGACAGUUAUUCUGACAUCAAGAGAUGCUGCUGUUGGUGAAGAAGCAGCAAAGGUCUUACAAGAAGGAGGUUUGAAUGUGCAUGUCCAUCAAUUGGAUAUUGUGGACCCUUCAUCAAUCCAAGUGUUCACUGAGUGGCUACAACAAAACUAUGGUGGUUUAGAUAUUCUGAUAAACAAUGCUGGUGUUAAUUUCAACUAUGGAUCAGACAAUCAACUCGAGUUUGCUGAACAGGUCAUAACCACCAACUAUUUUGGCACCAAAAAUAUAAUUAAAGCUAUGAUCCCGUUAAUGAGGCCUAAUGCUUCAGGUGCUCGUAUUGUUAAUGUUAGCUCACGGUUGGGAAGACUUAAUGGCAAGCGAAAUAGAAUUGGAGAUCUCACUUUAAGGCACCAAUUGGAAGAUGUGGACUCACUAUCUGAGGAACUGAUUGAUAAGACUGUGAAUACAUUUUUGGAGCAAGUAAAAGAUGGCAGUUGGACAUCUGGAAAGUGGCCUCAAACAUGUGCCGACUACUCAAUGUCAAAGCUUGCCGUUAAUGCUUACACCAGGCUAAUGGCGAAGAUGCUUUCAGAUCGACCAGAAGGGCAAAAGAUAUAUAUAAAUUGCUAUUGCCCGGGCUGGGUGAAGACUGCCAUGACUGGUUGGGCAGGGCAUACUUCACCAGAGGACGGGGCUGACACAGGAGUUUGGCUUGCCUUGCUUCCAGACCCUGACCAGUUAGUGACAGGAAAAUUUUUCAGUGAGAGACGUGAGAUAAGUUUUUAGGAAUGUUUUCCAGUUUCAGCUUCAGCUUCAGCUUCCUUUUUUUCAGUGAGAUCGGAUUCUACAAGAACGAUGAGAACUGGUGCAAAGAAAGCUCUAUUCUGAAUUGGCUUUUGCAAUUGAACUUUUUUAGAAGAGAGUAUGCAACUGCCAUUGCAUUCGUUGCCAUCUCUAGACUCUUAGGAAAGUUUGAGACAAAUACUGAAUGAGGGAGUUAAGGGAAUCUCUAAUUUCACUAGAAUCCCGGUCUUCUGAAAAUUGGGUUGUGCGAAUUCUACCGCCACCCAAACUUUGUACCCAUGAGGAGUUAGUAAGCAUGGGCAAUGAAUGGAAGAGCAGUAUUUGGUGUAUCUAGUCAUUAAUUUACACAUUUCUGAUACUAGAAAUUUUGCUUUUGACAUUUUUUGUUAUUGGAUUUAGUGGGAGUUCUAUCAUGAAGACUUUUGUGAUGUCCCCAAGUUUGAUUAACAAUAAUUAUUACCCAAAGUUUGAUUAGAUAUCAUGAAGACUUUUGUGA